AUUCCCAAAGCCGAUCUUCCUCUUUCACCAUCUUAAUAAUAAUAACAACAAUAAUACAAACAAGUUGACUCUCUCUCUCUAACCUAACAUUUACUUUCUCUCCUCCUUCUCCUCCGGUCCUCCCCCUCAAUUACUGAAACCCCCAACCAACCCUAGAACACAGCACCGCUUGGCUUCUCCUUCUCAGAUGUCGGCAACCACCAGGCCGCCGUGGAAUGUUUCGACUUGCGUACCACCACUAGUUUUCUUAAUUUUGACUGUUUUUGUUUCCUUAGCUUAUGCCAACUCUGAAGGAGACGCUCUCUAUACCCUUAGAAGAAGCCUGUCUGACCCGGAUAACGUCCUCCAGAGCUGGGAUCCGACCCUUGUCAACCCUUGCACUUGGUUUCAUAUCACCUGUAACCAGGACAAUCGCGUUACUAGACUGGACUUGGGGAACUCAAACUUAUCUGGACAUCUUGUACCUGAACUUGGGAAGUUAGAGCAUUUGCAAUAUCUGGAGCUCUACAAAAACAACAUUCAAGGAAGCAUCCCUACUGAGCUGGGUAACUUGAAGAGUCUCAUCAGCUUGGAUUUAUACAACAACAACAUCUCAGGGAGCAUUCCUCCCUCAUUGGGGAAACUGAAGUCCCUAGUCUUUUUACGUCUUAAUGAUAAUCGGUUAACUGGACCAAUCCCAAGGGAGCUUGUUGGUGUUUCAAGCCUUAAAGUUGUUGAUGUCUCAAACAAUGAUUUAUGUGGAACAAUUCCUACCACCGGUCCAUUUGAGCAUAUUCCUUUGAACAAAGGUCCUAGGUUCAAACACUGGAACGUGAUGAAGGCAUUCCCAGUACUGUAAUGUGUAACCCUACUAUUGGCUUUAAACACUGGGAUGGUGAUGGAGCUUUGAGAAUAAUCCUCGACUGGAAGGUCCAGAAUUGUUGGGACUUGCGAGCUACGACACAAAUUGCUCAUGAGACCUGAAGCUGCAAACUGCAUGCUGUGUAUCAAAUCAUGUGUACUUCUACAGUUGAAAGUGAAUUACCUGACAGUGUUAAUGGGAUCAACCAAAUGCAAUCCCAUCCCUGAUAUAUAAGUAUUUGUAAAUUGCUGGAGACCUGUUAAUGCUUUUAGCAUUUGUAACUGUAUUGUUAUGCUCUACGAUCAAGACAGGAAUUUGUAUUUGGUAUAAUGUUAGCGGAGGGGGUUUACUUAACGUGUUAAUCCAAUAUAUUUUCUUUUUUCUUUC